AUGACGCAGACACUCAACGAGUUUCAAAAACUUUGCUUCGGCAUACCAUUGACAUCUGCGGCAAUAGAAGAUGUGAAGAGGGCUGUUGCAGAUGGCUGCAGUGAUGGAAUCGUCGAGGGUGCUCUUUCUCUGCCAGACACGGACGCAACGAGAACAACAUGGACCGGUGCUGCGCUAGAAGUUGGAUAUGAGUCAAAUUUGAAACUCGGAGAGGAUUAUCUUUAUCCGAGAAUCCAGGUUCCAGUAGGUUGCUCCACUGAGCUGUCUCCUGAAGGUAUUCAAUUUCUGUCGGCUCUAUUUGAAAAGCAUGACGAGGACAAAGAUCAGUGUCUUUCACCGUGCGAACUCGCUAAUCUCUUUAGUGUAUGUCCAACAGCAGCACUCAGCAGAGAGAUACUGUCGGCUGUUGAAACAAAUGCACGCGGAUGGAUAACGUAUGCCGGCUAUAUGGCAUAUUGGAACAUGACCACUCUAAUUAAUGUGUCGCAAACGAUGGAGCAGUUGGCGUAUUUGGGAUUUGCUGUUGGCCGCAGUACCCAGAGUUAG